AAAAAUCACACGGCGGGAAUCACUUUAAACGAUAAUAAUCACUUCCAGAAAAAUUCAGAAAAAUAAUUAGAAAUUACAAAAAAGAAAAAAACAUAAACACAAACACACGCGCACAUUUUCUUCUUCUGUUUUCAACUUUUCAUUCUCUUAUAUUUUCUCUCUUAUUUUCUCUCAGAAAAAAACAAAACCCUAACAUUGUGAAAUUUCCCCUUUUUCUUCGUUCUUCAAUCUUCUUCAAUGGCAUUGCCUCCAAAUUCCGACGAAAACGGCGGAGGAGUUGCCACCGAAGAAGACACCACCAUUGAUAUUCACACAACCCAUGGAACCCCCAUUCGCUACCUCCCUCUCGAUCAUCUAUACUCCUCUACAUCACCGUGUAGUGGUUCUUCCAAUGUCAUGUCAAAAAAAGUUAAAGCUCGCAAACUCAAUAGCGAGAUUCAGUUCAACAACGGCGAAAUCGAUUCAUCGGUUAACGAUGAGGAUGAUGAUGAGAAAGAGAUUUCGAAAACGACGACGUCUUCUAUGGUGGUUUAUGAUAAACCACCGCUUCUGUAUGUCUACUCUCGGAGACGAAAGAGGAGCUCGUUUCCGGCGUCAGAGAGGACGGUGUUGAAAAGAAGGAGAAUUGGGAGUAAUGAACUGGAAAGUUUGGGGAUUGACUGGAAUUCUUUGGAGAAAUUUGAAGGACCUAGAUUGAGAGAAUGUCGCAAUCAAUUUGGGAAUUCUGCUGGGUUUAAUGGGAAUAAUAGUAAUAAGAAGAAGUUUGGUUCUGGUGUUAAGCUUCCUAAGUCCACGCCUGAUUCUCACACUUUGAAGAGAUGGGUCACGUUGAGCUUUGAUGAUGCCGAUCCCGAGGCUUUUGUCGGACUGAGAUGCAAGGUUUACUGGCCAAUGGAUUCAAAAUCGUACACUGGCAUAGUCAAACGUUACGAUAGGGAAGCUAAGAUACAUCAUAUCGAGUAUGAUGAUGGAGACGAGGAAAAAUUAGUUCUUUCAAACGAAAAUGUUAAAUACCAUGUUUCCCGUAACGAUAUGCAACGUUUAAAAUUGAGUUACGCCAAAGUUCGUGACAAUAAUGUCUCUGAUUAUGAUGUUGAAGAGAUGCUUGCACUGGCUGCAAGUAUGAACGACUGUCAAGACUUUGAGCCUGGGGAUAUCGUAUGGGCCAAGCUUACAGGUUAUGCAAUGUGGCCAGCUGUUGUUUUGGAUGAAUCACUUGCUAGCAAUUGUAAGGGUUUAAAAACGUUCAUAGGGGGGAGAUCAGUUCCUGUCCAAUUUUUUGGCACUCACGACUUUGCAAGAGUUCGAGUGCAACAGGUGAAAUCAUUUCUCAGUGGACUCCUAACCGAUCUACACUCAAAGUGCAAGAAGCAGAGUUUCAUUGAAGGUAUAGAAGAGGCAAAAAGGUAUUUAAAUGCACUGGAGCUUCCCCUGGGGAUGAUAGAAUUGCGGAAAAGAUGUACAACUGAUGACUGUAACAAUGUAAGUGGAGAGGAUGGAGGAUCUACAGAUUCAGGUGAAGACUAUAUAAAUGACAAAGGGACUUGGGAAGCACUUCAAAACACCGUCUCUUUUCCUUAUAAAGUGGGAGACGUGCAGAUUCUAAGCCUUGGAAAUAUAGUUGGAGAUUCUACAGCUUUUCGGAAUGGAAAAUCCAUCUGGCCUGAAGGGUACACAGCAAUGAGGACGUUCACUUCAGUUACAGACCCUAAAGUAUCCGUUCCGUAUAAGAUGGAGGUUUUGAGAGAUCCAGAAUCCAGAUUCAGACCACUAUUUAGAGUGACAGUUGAUGGUGGUGAGCAGUUCAAUGGUUAUACACCGUCUACUUGCUGGAAUCAAGUAUACGAAAGGAUAAAGAAAUUGGAAAAGGUUGUUUCUGAAGGUUCUGUUGCUGAUGGUGGGGUAGAAAGUGGCUAUGAAUCUGGCUCUGAUAUGUUUGGUUUCUCCAAACCGGAAGUGGCUGAACUUAUAAAGGGAUUAUCUAAAUCCAAAGUCUCUUUGAAGAAAUCAAUCCGCAAGUCAGGUUCCAGAUUGCCUCUCGGUUAUAGACAAGUUCAUAUUAAUUGGUUUGAUCUCGAUAAGUGCAAUGUGUGCCAUAUGGAUGAGGAGUACGAGAACAAUCUGUUUCUGCAGUGUGACAAAUGCAGAAUGAUGGUCCAUGCUAGAUGCUAUGGAGAACUGGAACCUGUUAAUGGAGUGCUAUGGUUAUGCAACUUAUGUCGUUCGGGUGCUCCCCCACCUUGUUGCUUAUGUCCACUCAUAGGUGGUGCAAUGAAGCCUACAACGGAUGGCCGGUGGGCUCAUUUGGCUUGUGCCAUGUGGAUACCUGAAACUUGCUUAGCUGAUGUCAAGAGAAUGGAGCCUAUUGAUGGUUUGAGUAGAAUCAGCAGGGACCGUUGGAAGUUGUUAUGCAGCAUAUGUGGUGUAUCUUAUGGUGCCUGCAUCCAAUGUUCAAACAAUUCUUGUCGAGUAGCAUAUCAUCCACUCUGUGCACGUGCAGCUGGUCUUUGCGUUGAGCUUGAGAAUGAGGACAGGCUCUAUCUACUUUCCGUAGAUGAUGAUGAGGAUCAGUGCAUUCGCUUACUUUCUUUCUGCAAGAAACAUAGGCAACCGUCUCAUGAUCAUACUGUAGCUGACGAACGUGUGCCGGUUAUUGGUCAAUGUUCAGACUAUGAACCACCACCCAAUCCAUCUGGUUGUGCCCGAAGUGAGCCAUAUGAUUACUUUGGUAGGAGAGGCCGAAAAGAACCUGAAGCACUUGCAGCUUCAUCACUGAAACGUUUGUUUGUGGAGAAUCAACCUUACUUAGUUGGUGGAUACUGCCAACAUGGGUUGUUGAACGACCUAGAGCCUUCUGGCAGAGGAGUCUGCUCUAAAUUCUUUUGCAGCGAACAGAGACUGAGAACCUCUAUGGUUGAUGCUGCUGACAGCAUACUUACUGUUGCUGAGAAAUAUAAGUACAUGAGGGAAACCUUUCGGAAACAGUUAGCAUUUGGGAAAUCAAGAAUUCAUGGAUUUGGCAUCUUUGCAAAGCAUCCAUAUAAAGGCGGAGACAUGGUGAUUGAAUACACUGGUGAACUUGUUAGACCUUCUAUAGCUGACCGGAGAGAGCGGUUUAUAUACAAUUCUUUGGUGGGUGCUGGAACAUAUAUGUUUCGGAUUGAUGAUGAACGAGUCAUCGAUGCCACUAGAGCAGGAAGCAUUGCUCAUUUAAUUAAUCAUUCCUGUGCACCAAAUUGCUAUUCAAGAGUCAUUAGUGUUAACGGCGAUGAGCAUAUUAUAAUAUUUGCAAAGAGGGACAUUAAACAAUGGGAAGAGCUUACAUAUGAUUAUAGAUUUUUCUCAAUAGAUGAACGGCUUUCUUGUUACUGUGGCUUCCAAAAAUGUCGAGGUAUAGUAAAUGAUACUGAGGCAGAAGAGCGAGCUGCUACUGUAUACGCACCGCGGAGUGAAUUAGUUGAUUGGAAAGGAGAAUGAGAUUUUAAAUCAUAAUAUUAUGCCAUGGAUUCUUGAAGAUGGACCGUUUGUCCAACAAAUUCUGUCAUGGAUUCUGCCAUUUUUCUGAAAGUGUAGUGUUGUACAUUAGUCAUUUGAUUCUCUCCAUUAAUUCAUAACCCCAACUGAGCUGUUUAUGUUGGCUCAAGGUGGUUCCUUGAUAUUCUGGUUAUGGUAAUCAGAAAGACAGCAUUUUUUUACAAAUGAUUUCAUUUGAAAUUCAUUCCUAUAAUUUAGGCUUCUAUUAAACCUCAACCAACUUGCCACUGAAUAGGUACACUUGAAGUUACAAACCUUCAUUAAAAUGUGAAGAUAUUGAGAAUGUGAGUGUAUGUAAUGGCAGAUUGUGUCAAAUUGCCUCUUGAACUGUGAAAUGAUAAUAAAUGUAUACAUACAACUAGCAAGCAUGGAAUUUCUUAAACUUUAUAAACUCUCUUUAGGUCAUAUCUCUGGUCAUUAUGAGAUUUGAAUUUUUCCUGUACUCCUCUCAAGCCAAAGGCUAUCAGGCCUGACAUGUGGAUGAUAUGGGUGGAUCCAAUAACAGAUCUAGGAAAGGCUCUCAUACAAUCUCAGGUUUUAAGUUUUCUCAACUCCACAAAACUGACUCAUGAUGUGAGUAUUGUCUAAGCUUUAUAAGUUUUGUUUUGGUUAUAUCUAUAGUCAAUGUGAGACUUGUGUAUUUUUGGAUAAGAUACAAUUGAAUAAAAAAAAAUUGCGGCUUAUUAUUAAAAUUUAA